GUGGUAGUAAUGGUAGCUGGGAUGCGCAUCUCUCAUGUGCUGUCUUCUGCUCUUCGUGCUCUGCCUGUAAUUUUGUUUUCUCCCGAUUUUAAAGCCUGUGUGUAUAUUGGUGCGUGUCAGUAAAGGGCGUGUGGAUGCCAGGCCUUUGUUUCCAGUUGUUUCUAUGAGUGUGGGCUCUGGGUACCUGUCUAGUGGAGCACUACCUCCAUGUGACUUGGCAAGUUGCCCUAUCUUUCCUUCUAAAUCAAGCAAGUUCCUUUUUCCUGACCACUGCAACUUGUUGGGGUUCGGCGCUUGCAUUUAUCAGCCAAGCAGCAGUAAGUAGUUGCAGAAAAAUCCCAAACGAAAAAAAACCCCAACCCACCCUAACUCUGCUUAAGCAGAGGCAGAUACUGAAGCAGUCAAGGUAGAAGUAUGCCUACCUACCUAUUUUUAGGAGCUUAAACCUAAAGCUUAUUGUAAAGUUGCAGUCUGUGUUUAGAGGUCAAUAAAGUAAGAGCGCUCUCACAUCACACUUCAAACUUUGGAGGCUGUAUGUUGUUAUGUGAAACGCUAAGGCUUGAAAGUACCUGAAGAAGACUGACAUGGGGUACCUGGCUAGACUUUUGCUUUACUAUAAAACAAUCCGCUACAGGAAUAAAAACACAACUGUCCCAAGAGGUCCCUAAUCAUUUGAAUAAAUAUGGUUUGUAUAAUCAAUAAUUAUGCUCUAACUGAGAGUUUGGGAUUCAAAGCCUGUGGAGCUUUUCAGCUGGAGGAGGUGGUUACUCUGUCUGGUGAUGGUUUAUUCCCCCAGCUGGAGUACAUCUUCCUGCAGCUGAACUGUCAGGAUUGCCCAGCAUCUGCUUGGGUCUUUAGCAAUUUCUGAUGCAAUCAAAGGCAGGAAAAGCAUUUAGGAAAUUUCUUCCCCUCUUUGAUCGUGUUCUGGUUGAACGAUGUGCAGCUGAGACAGUAACCAAAGGAGGCAUCAUGAUUCCAGAAAAAGCUCAAGGGAAGGUGCUACAAGCGACAGUAGUAGCAGUUGGAUCAGGAGCCAGAGGAAAGAAUGGUGAGAUUCAGCCAGUGAGCGUAAAAGUUGGUGAAAAGGUUUUGCUACCAGAAUAUGGUGGUACUAAGAUUGUACUAGAAGAUAAGGAUUACUACUUGUUUAGAGAUGGUGACAUUCUUGGGAAAUAUGUGGACUAAACCUGUUGCAGUAUCAGUCAUCCAUUCCACAAAAAUGCUGAAAUUUUUCUUUCAUCAUGUAAAUAAUGUCCUUUGUUUUAUAAUAAGUAGGCAUUGAGUCUCUGAAAUAAAUUGUGAUCUUACUGUAGUGAUGGAACACAAAUAAAAAUAUGUACAGUCAGAAAUUAGUUGCUCUUGCUUGAGUUCCAUUGAACAGUGAAAUUCAGACGACCACCAACCAGCCUUAAUUAUUCCAAACAACAUCAUUUUAUAUCCUUAUCUCUGUACUGAGAUUGUAAAGGUCUUUACAAUAAACUUCUAAAACU